AUGACGUCGACGAGUGUGACGUUGAUUGCGAGCGUCCUGCGGCAGCCUCGCGUAGGCGAUGAUCUGCAGUGGGUGCGCUACGAUGCGCCGUUUCGUACGUCGCAGGACUACGCAGCGGCAGAGUACCUCUAUCGACUGCGCUUGUGCUCGUUGCGGCUGAGGAGCUCGUUGCUGUCGCCGUCUCUGCCUCGCACAGGCUCGGUAAGCGAGGUGACUCACCUGCUUCCUCACUAUCCUGUCCAGAUAACCGGCCAACUCGUCUACAUGGAUGAGCCGCUGAGCCCUGUCGUUGAGUCGGCAGCCGUGUACGCGUCUGCCGCGGCCCCGCUGUCGUCCUCAUCCCCUGUCGACGGCGACACAGACACACAUGCGGAGAUGGAGGUGUUCUACACGUUUGCCGAUGAGUGGCUUGUCUUUCCGCUAGAGCUGUGUGAUGUGCCGCUCGAUGCAAGCUGCAAGCUGCACCUCUGGCACAGGGACACGCACGUCGCGGAGGCCGCCUUUCAUGUCUACUCCGUGGCAGGAGAGUUGUGCGUUGGCCAACGGCAGCUGGCGCUGAGCACGCACGGCGACGCGCCGAGCGAUGAGCAGUCGUGGAGCACCUCAACGCGUGCCGCGGAGCUCCUAGCUGACUUUCACCGCGGCAUGAUGCCACCCAUCCCAUGGCUGGAUACGCUGUCCAUACAGCAACUGGAGGCUGAGCAGGCACGGCAUGGCAACGCCGCUCUCCGCGACGGAAGCUUACAGUCGGCCAAAGACCUCUGCGGCGCACCAACAGCGGUUUUGACGCUGUACCUUCCAGCGGCCACCACCGCCGUCUUCUUCGAGCCUGGCGUGGCGCGCGUGUCGGACGGCAUGCAAAGCCUGCUACAGCGCGGCGACGCUGCAGACGACGCCCGCGACUUCACUCAGCGUCCGUUUCCUGAUCAGUACAUCUUCUUCAAGGAGCACAACCUCUGCGAGGCAAAGGCGGCCAUCACGUCCAAGACACAGUAUUUUCUGUCGGACAGCAGUGCCCCUCCCGGUCCGAAGGAGCGCCACCAGCUCGCGAGCCUCCUGCGGCGUCCGCCCAUUCAACUAGACAACGUCACCGGUACCGUGGUGACGGGUGCCGGUGCCGGAGGGGUCGGCGGUGGGCGGCUGGAAGAGACGCGUCUACUGUGGAAGUACCGUCACUUCAUAUGCCGCGACGGCAAAUACUUCCUGCCUUUCAUGCGGUGCGUCGACUGGGCGAACACCCACUCCAGCGAGCGGCGCGCCGCCUGUGCCCUCAUCCAUCAGUGGGCGAGGCCGGCCUUCGAGGAUGUGCUGGCGUGCCUCAGUUUCUACUUUGACCAUGUGGCGCCGGUGCGUCAGUACGCCGUGCGCCUGCUGCGCAGAGAAGGCGAUGGGCGACUGUGUCAACUCGCCUUCCAGCUUGUGCAGGCAGUGCGGUACGACUCGGCGGAGGCGGAGCUGGCCAACUUCUUGGUGGAACGCGCCGUGGGGUGCUGGGAGCUGUGCAGCACCCUCUACACCCUGCUCUCGGUGGAGGUGGCGCUGGAGAAGCGUCGCACCUCGAGUGCUGCGGGAAAGGCGAGCGAUGACAGGCACGGCGGCACGACCCUCUUCGAGCCACUGCUGCGUCGCUUGUCGGAGCGGUUGACACAGCAGUGCCCGCACUUCGCAACACGUCUUCGCCAGCAGCACGCGAUGCAUCGGGUGCUGCAGCUGCUCAGCCGCCAGCUGCAACAGAGCUCACUAGAUCGCCUGGGGAAGACGGCGCUGGGCAACAAGCUGAUCGCAAAGCAGGCGUGCGGCCUGCGCGUCCUCUUCUCCUCUGUGCACUACGGCACGCCAUCCAGGAGAAACGUGAAUGGGAGCUUCAGCAGCAGCCUGAUGACGCACUCUUCGGCGGGUGUGCGGGAAGAGCACUCGAUGAGCUCUGCCCGCAUCGGCGACGGCAGCGAGGAGGCCGACGCGAACGGAGGCGACGGGGGCAGCGCUGUCGAGGCAACCGACGUGGACAGCGCUGCCGAUGACGAAGUGCGGCGUUUGCGUUUUCCGCCCCCGUCACCACAGUCGCAAGGAAGUGCGCCCCGGUCUCCUCCGUUUCAGAGCGGAGCCCAGCAGCAGUGCCGCAACCGCCACACCUCAGCCGUUGAUGUGCUGGACCGCUACGGCGUGACGACGCUCGCGACGCACCCCGGCAUCCCCAUCACGGGGAUCCUUCCCGACUCGUUGUACAUCUUCAAGAGCGCCAACCUACCGAUGCGGCUGACCUUCACGGCCCUGCGGCCAGCGGGUCUCGCGUGGGGCGGUGGGCGAGGAGGCGAGCCGCUCUACGGUGCUUCGCCGUCUCCCUGCGUGUUGACCCCGCUCGCGAUGCAACCCGCACCGUCCCAGCAGCGCAGUGGUGGACUGCAAGGGGUGAACAGCAGUGGUGGCGGUGCCAGCGCAGCCGUUGCGGCAGAGGAGCAGGCAGGGGGCUUUCUCGGGCCCGGGGAAGGCGACGCAGUGCCGCUGGCCAUGAUGUACAAGUACAACGACGACAUCCGGCAGGACCAGCUCAUUGUGCAGCUUAUCCGGCUUAUGGACGACCUCCUACAGCGAGAUGGCCUGCAACUCUACUUGACACCGUAUCGCGUGAUUGCCACCGGUCCGAACGAGGGCCUUGUCGAGAUUGUGCCGCAGGUGACGACGUUUUUCAGCGUGCAGCGCGACGUUCUGAAGUACCUGCGCGUGUACAACAGCACGGCGGAGCUGCUGCGGCAGGCGAUGGACCGCUACACCCGCAGCUUCGCUGGCUACUGCGUCAUCACCUUUGUCCUGGGCAUCGGCGACCGCCACUUGGAGAACAUCCUCAUCACGCAAGACGGCCGGUUGCUGCACAUCGACUUCGGCUACGUGCUGGGCAACGACCCGAAGCCCUUCCCGCCGCCCAUGAAGAUCAACCGUGAGAUGGUGGAGGUGCUUGGUGGGCCGCAGAGCACCGGCUUCACCGAGUUCAAGCUGUACUGCUGCAGCGCCUACAACACGCUACGCAAGCACGCCUCGCUGCUGCUUCACAUACUGCUGCUCGGCGCCCACACUGAGGGUAUGCCGCAAGUAACUGCGGAGGGUGGCGACCCUCGCGUGAACCUGCUGAAGGUACAGGAAAAGCUGCGGCUUGACCUGACCAACGCCCAGGCAACGCAGUACCUGCAGAACGUAAUCGCCGACAGCGUCGGCUCGAUAUUUACAAACCUCUGGGACGUCCUGCAUGCCGCUGCACAGGCUACCCGUGGUUAA